AUGAGUACCGGCGAAGAGCAAAAGGUGUCAACUUAUGGGUUAGCAUGUGGCUCUACUGAAUUGGGGAAAACACGAAACAUAUUUUUAGCGGUGUCGGCUGGCUGUGUUUACGCGAUUAUCGGUUUUUUUCGCUUUAUAAUAUACAUGUUUCAGGGUAAAGAAGCCCCAUGUAUUGGAUAUGCCGAGCUUUUAAUGAACUUUGUUUUGGACACUUUCAUUGCUUUCUUAAAAGUUUACAUUAUAGGUCUUCUGCCAAUAAUAGCUCUUCGAAAAGUUCUUAUACAAGAGUCAGUGCGUCGUAAUACAUCAAAAUGUCUGUUAGAUGAAUUACGUGUCUUAAUGUAUAAGAAGCGUACUUAUAUCAUCCCUUUGAUAUACAUGAUAUCCUCGAUCAUCAUAGGAUGGACUUAUUUUGAUCUCAUUGGAGCAAGUUAUAAACGAACAAGAGCAAUGUUUUUAUAUCCUGGAACUGAAGAUUUUUGGUGUCCGAGUCAUCGUAAAGACAAUUGUAAAAGCCUUCCCCCUAUGAUUAAUGAGCAUUACUUGAUUGCAUUAAUUCACACUACAAUUCUCGGGAUUUGGUAUGGAUUUGAUUUCUUGUUACGUAAAAGAUACAUGUUACCAUUUCAUAUAAUUGAGCCAAGAUAUCCUUUUUCUUUAGCGAAAGAACUUAUGAUAUUUUGGAACCGUAAAUAUGAAAUUUUUAUAUGGAGUACUCUAAUGACGGCUUUGUCUUUUUCGAUAAUAUCUUGGUUCAUUAAACUUUUUAUCUGGAAUACAAUCUAUGAGUUGUUACCUAAUCUUAUCUUUUUACAUAAUACCGCAGUUUAUCAUUGGAUGCGCGCUUCUUGGUUUGAUGUGCAGCUAUUUAAUAGAACGGUUCAAUUGGCAUUUUUGGAAUUAUGGCAUAUUGCAAAGUUCGAUCAGUAUAGGCGUAGUGCUAUAUAUACAGAUUUCAACCGUAAACAAGCAUUUAGUUGUAUCAAACAUAAUAAUCCCACUGACGCGUGGACAGAAAUUUCGCGCUCAUGUAUGGAUUUGAUCUUUGGGCUUGCAAAUUCAGCACAAGACGAAAUCAAAGAGCAACAAACAAGGAAAUCGUUGGUGAGAAAAAAGUAUGAUAUGUUCAGAAACAUGGAAAAAGAUGCAUUAAAAGAAAAGGAACGUAAAAGAGUUGGUCAUAAAAAUCUUGAGGUCAAGAUGACAGCCGAGACAAUGACUAAAGAUCGGGAUUAUUGGGAAAUGAAAUUAUUAGAGUGGUUCCAUCCAGUGAAAGAUUUAAAUAUCACAAUAUGUGCUAUACAAGCAUUAACGGCUUUAACGGUUAAAUCAUUGAAUGAGGAUAAACAUGGGAUUGUUCAGAAUGAUACCGCCAGUGUCUUUGAGGCAAUGUUAGAUUGUUUAAUUUCUCUCGAACGAUAUUCUAAUGAACCACCUUUGGAUGAGUGGGAUGUUGGAGACCCAUUUGCAUUUACAUACUCUCGUGUUUUGUCUGAUCCGUUAAUUGUCAUAAACGUAUUGAAGGAUUCUUUGUUUGAUUUAGAAAAAGCAUUUUAUCAACAUAUGGAUUUUGUGAAAUUAUCGAGCAUACAUUUUGAUAGGUUGAAUAAGUUGCUUAUCGAAAGAAUUUAA